AUGUCUGACGAAAAUCACUCGAUGAAGAAGCUACUUAGCGUGCUGAAAAAUGCAGUGAGUGAAUCAGGCGAUGACUGGGAGAAUGUCAUCCAAAAGUUAGGCGGAAGCGAUGCAGGAAGCCCAUUGCCCACAGAUGGCGAAGACACCGGGUCGCAGGAAACAGCGAAGAAAAGGAGGAUCAGAGGAAUGAAGGAUAAAAUGGAAAAACGAAAUCAAGACAUAUCAGUUCUCGACCCCGAUUACGUAGAACAGACUUUUCAAAGACUGGCACCAACUCUUUCCACGUCUGACCUUGCCAUUGGGGAGGGCAAAUACCCCUGCGUCACUCAAGCGCAGAGCAGUGAUACGCCCACAACUUCAGAUCCGACAUCGAUCAUCUUGGGACUCUACGGCACUAUUCCCCGCUGGAGGAAGAAUACAACGGUCAAUUUUGCCGUGUACGCUGGAGGCUGGCCAAGCAACAACCAUGCUAUUUUUGCCGCCUACCGACUCAACCAGGCUGCAACUACGUGGAACUCUCUCAACCUCGGCGUUACGUUCAAGUGGGUCGGUGUUCUAGAAGACGCCUGCUUUGUCCUUGGGUACGGUGGCAAUGGUGGUGACACGCUUGCGAGAGCAUUCUUCCCGAAUUCGAAGGAUCUAAAUAACAUGUACGUCUAUCUGAAGGCUUUCCAGUCGGGAUAUGUCAACUAUCUGUACAACGUCUUCCUCCAUGAACUCGGACAUGUUCUGGGGCUAAGACACGAAUUUGCACCAGAGAGAGAAGGCGCCGGUCCAUUGGUGGUAUGGGGAAUACGGAACCCUCUGUCGGUCAUGAGCUACACUUUUCCGCCCCAGUUGCAGCCAAGCGACAGGAUUGACACAAAGUCGUUCUACGCAUACACAGGAACUACGAUCCGAAAUGUUCGGAUCCAAGAUUUCUUACCCAACAACUGA